AUGGGGGGAGAGGAUUGGGCGCUUCCAACGGGCUGUUUACCGGGACAUUAUUCACAGCUGAGCUUAUUGGAACCAGCACGUCAUGGCAUCUCAGUCCCUUCUUGGGGGACGCGGAAUUCUAAGCUUUCGGGCAACAUUUUUGUUGACUACCGACGUUACGGCGCAGCAGGAAUCUUGUCGUUGUCGCUUGCUUCCCGGCGAACUCUGUCACGCUGUCACUCUGCACCGAUUUCUCGCCUUUCACUGGAUCAUACGGGGCGUUACAUGCUGAGUAGCAGCAGGGAUGGCACAAUCGCGUUGUUCGACCUCGAGGCAGAUGACGCAUGGAACCUAAAUGGGGGGUUCGGCCCAGAGCCAAAGGUCCACCCCGUUGGUUACGUCCAGAGAAAGCCUGACAAGCCUCCCAGGCGCAAUCUACUCCCUUUGCGCUUCCAGCCAGCGGCACCUAGAACAUCACCGAGAAAAUGUGUGACAGGCCAGGUCAUGAGGAACAGUGUAACUUCAGAGUCCGGGUAUAGCGGCUCUAGAGGGGCUCAUGCAGGUCAUUCACGAUCCAUUACAAGCGUCGAAUUCAUGCCGGGAGACAACGGCUUGUUCGUUUCUACAGGGCUUGACAAGGUCUUAAAGGUAUGGGAUACACGAGCAUGGGAAUGCGUUCUCGAUAUACCCGCGGAAAGCCCCAUACUCUGUUGUGCUUUUGACCGAGUGGCAUUCCAGUCAAAGACAUUCAACCCCACAAAACACUCCUGUCGAGGACCAGUGGGCCAUUCUGCAGAGAUACCCGCAGAUCUCGCACUUGCAGCCGGAUGCCAAGACGGGAGUAUUCGGAUAUUUGACAUGAGGUGCGGGGUUGCGCAGCAAUCCCUGUUGGGCCAUACUGGGGCGGUGGUUUCUCUAGUAUGGGAUUCAUGUACUCCACAUCAACUUUUUUCAGGCUCUUGUGACAGAUCAAUCAGGAAAUGGGAUAUUCGACGGAACGAUGCAUGCAUGAUGAUGUUUGACAAGGACAAACCAGACCUUGACUUCUUGCGCAAUCGAUGUUCACAGUCGUCAGCCUUCCGCCAGCUAUUGUACGCUGAAGAAAUCCUGGGACGAGGUUAUUCCGUCGAGCCAGCCUUGCUACGCGAAGCUGAAGUACCUAAGCCGUUCUUGUGGCGCACUGUCAAUGCAUCCGAUAGAAAGGGCGUCACCUUAGAAAACGUGAUGGAUGCAGCAGCACGUGCCACAUUUGCUCAAGAGCCUUCAUUCUCACUAAGAAAUUUCGCGUUGGCCAGUUUACCAUUUUCUGGCGACAGAACAGCAGCGCACACGGCGACGAACUCCGAUUCUCCAGUUCAGGCUCUUACGGCAAAACGCACUUCGCAUUUUGCCAAUGAGGUGGCUGACUUUAAACUUGAAGUAAAGAAAGCGAAACGUAUGAAGACAACACGCGAACGGCAUCCUUCGUCAGUGAGUGGAACAAGACGGUCGCUUGGCGGCCAUACGAGCGGCCUUGAAAGAAACAUUAGCACUCUGUGUUGUGAGGAGGAAGGUAAUAGGCAGGUUCUACAGUCAAAAGCACCAUCAGCUGCGUUUGAGUGCGCCCGUUCCAGCGAGUCUGCUGCAUCUAGUCGAAAUGACAAGGGGGGCGUGACACAACCUGACGCGGCGAAUGAUCGUCAUGUCUCCAACAAGCACACUCAUGAGACAAGUGAUGACAUGCACAGGAGGAAAACAAGAAGGCAACAUAAUCUAACGGAGCCUCCUGCAUCUCACUGCCUGGCAGCGCGAGCUCCUUCCAGCCUUCAACUAUAUCCGGGGGACAAGCGCUGUCGUAACUGGGACCCAGUAUAUAUGCCCGCGUACACGGGGUCUUCAACAGAUUUGCUGGAUGAAUACGGAAAAAAUAUCAGGGAACAUUGCAGUGUCCGAGGGCACGGUGAAGCCUGCAAUCCGUAUGCCGCAAUGCGAAAGUCAGCGUCUGGAUCUCUUCACGCAUUCAGAAAUGCUAGCGAAACGUUGAGUGCGAGGGGCGUGUCAGUAUCAUACAGUGAACCACUGUCCUCCGAAACCUCCAUGCAAGGCGUACUUGGAGCGCAUACUGAGUCAUCCGGGAGUGGAGGACAGGCUUCACCAGUAUCGGGCCAGCUGCUGUGUACACUGGAGAACGGUCGGGAGAUGGGGAGCGCGCAUAUGAGCGGAUUCAUGGGGGUGCAAAGGGACAGUUCAACAGGGGCAGACCGCUCCCCCGCACAUUGCCCAAUUCAAUGCUCAGAAGCCAACGCGCAUGACGGAGCAGUGAUUUGCCUCCUCCAAAGCCCGGACGGAUCAUACCUUGUCUCUUCUGGAAGCGAUGGACGCAUCCGGUUGUGGAAUGCUGGUAGUGGCUGUCACUGUUUUGUACACAUGAAUGUAGAUAUCCCACUUGGAAACUGCAGCGUAUCUGCUUCAGCGGGCAGCCGCUUGUCUCCAGGGAUUCCUCCCCAGCAGCCGCCAGGACCAGGAAAGCAGCCUAAAAUGCAAGCUACGAAGGCAAGCUGCUCAAUUUGGGGGAUCCAGGCUGCCAUACCCAGAAGUGGCGAUUUUUUAAUUCACGGGAGAGGUCGGGUACUUUGUGCGUCUGAUAUCUUUUCGGGAGCACUGCAGCAUAUUACUUCCGACUACACAGAUGACAUUGUCUGCGUGACGUGGAACGACGACAGGAACGAAGCAUAUUCUGGCGCAUUUGAUGGCUCUAUCCUAAUUUAUGACGCUCCAGGUGGUUAUGAGAGCGAAGACACAGGGGAAAUCAGUGACGAUGAGGAAGAACCCGUGGUCAACGUUAUGCCUUUGAAUGUUUUUUGA